AUGUGUCGGCUGGUCAUUUUCAGCGGCACUUGCACCAAGUGCGGCGAGGACCAGAUAUGGGAAGAGCUCUCGCAGGAGUUAUCGUGUCUCCAGGCGAAAAACAACGGAAUCUUUGGGGACUGCUCAAACGGCGUGUUCGAAGAACGGCAUCAGUUCGACCAGGAGUGUGACCGGUGUACCGAGGAGGACGAAGGAGUCGGCGAC